AUGGGAGAGUGGCUUGCUCCCUCUUCUGCAAAAGGUACGUUUUGUAGGGGCUUGUUUGUUUGAUUUUGCCUUCUCCCUCCCGUAUUAUAAAUGGAUUUCAGGUGGUGAUGCUCUCCUGUUCUCUUGGCAGCAAAACAAAGUUUAAUUAUUAUUAUUAUUAUUUGGGGGGUGGGACCCCAUAGAUGCCAGAAGUUUGAGGGCGGCCUGGAGUUAUAGCUUCUGACCUCCCUGGAUUGGAAGCUUUUGCUCCUUAAGAUCAGCCACGCAGGGCUGGUUGUAGCAAAGGCACUCUGCACGUGCCCAGAGGUCUUUUUGGUGACGGCUUCGCGGGGGUUUGCUUCAGUCGUGACUCUCUUUCAAGGCUUAGCCCUAGAGCAUGUGGAAAAGGAUGGUUGUGUCUCUAUGAGCAUGGGCAGAGUUCUUUUCACAGAGUGAGCUGUGCCUUCAUUCUCUAAUGAGAGAUGUAGGUUCAUGUAUUGUGAGACUGAGGUAGCCAGUACCUGAAUAUGAGUUUGGAAAGAUUUUAUGUUGGUUUGUGGGUCUGUGAUUAUUAUUUUUUUAAACUGGUUCUUUGGCAAUGUUCCUGAUUUGUUGUUGUCAGAGGUUUGUUGUGGUUUCUUAAAAAGCUUCCUUCUGAGCUGUUCUCCCGUCUUCAAGAUUUUCAUAUAGUUACUUCCUCUCUAAACUUUACCCUGUGUCUUGGGACUGUGAAGCGGAGUUUGCAUCCUGUUGGCUUUUGGAAAUAAGCUGAUGCCUCCUUGGAGAGCCACAGAGUGGUAUCAUGGAUAUGCCAGCUUGCUGUGGAGGGAAAUGCACUCUGCACAUGCUAAGGGGCACCCUCUACUAUCCUCCACACUGAUGCUGAAGAUAAUCUGCUUUCUUUCCCCAAGGCAGGUGGUGGUGGUGGUGGGGAGAGAAAUAGGAAAGCUUUAGGGUAUUUGAUACGAGACAAGCCUAAAGAAUCAGGCUUGAUUCCAUCGGUUCAUUUUAAGACUUCUGUGCUGCUUUACAUAACUCAGUCGCUCUCGCAAGUGGUGUACAAAUUCCAGAAUGAACGUAAGGACAUUUGAGACAGUCACCCUUGAAAAAUGAACAAGGAGAAAUUAAUUCAAACAUGGCAGUUAAUAAAAGUCACAUGAAAGAUGGAGCAAGCUUGUUUUCUGCUGCUCCAGGGGGUAGGACGUGAACAAUGGAUUCAAAUGACAGGAAAGGAGAUUCCAGCUAGAAGUUAGGAAGAACUUUCUGAUGGCAAGAGCUGUUUGACAGACUCUCUUGGAAGGUGGAGGGCUCUCUCCUACAUUGGAGGUUUCUAACCAGAGGUUGGAUGGCCAUCUGUUAGGGGAUUCUUUAGCCGUGAUUCCUGCAUUGCAGGGGGUUGGACUAGAUGACCCCGAGAGUCCCUUCCAUGUCUGCAAUUCCAUAAGAACAGAUGUUGUACUAGAUGGUCUAUUAGCCGGACCCAGCAGGCUCCUCUUAAGUUCCUAUAUGCUGCAACUGCAGCAUCCUGUGAGUGACAGGUAGCCAUCCAGCCAUAUUUCCAACUACUACUACUACUACUACUGUGGUUUAAAUCACUGAGCCUCUUGGGCUUGCCGAUCAGAAGGUUGGCUGUUUCAAUCCGCACAAUGGGGCGAGCUCCUGUUGGUCUGUCCCAGCUCCUGCCAACCUAGCAGUUUGAAAGCACACCACUGCAAGUAGAUAAAUAGGUACCGCUGCGAUGGGAAUGUAAAUGGUGUUUCCGUGCGCUCUGGCUUCUGUCACGGUGCCCCUUUGCGCCCGAAGCAGUUUAGUCAUGCUGGCCACAUGACCCAGAAAGCUGUCUGUGGAAAAACGCUGGCUCCCUCAGCCUGAAAGUGAGAUGAGCACCGCAACCCCAUAGUCGGCUUUGACUGGACUUAACCGUCCAGGGGUCCUUUACCUUUACUUUACUUUACUAUUAAUACUAUUUUUUUUAUUUAUAUGCCACCCUGGGAGGCUUCCAGCAAAAUAUAAAAACACCGUAAAGCAUCAAACAUUAAAAAAAAACCUUCCCUAUACAAGGCUGCCUUCAGGUGUCUUCUAAAAGCUAUAUAGUUAUUUAUAUCCUUGUCAUGGAGGGUGUUCCACAGGCGCCCCACCCACGUAGUCACCAGAGAAACUCCCAAUGCCAAGUAGCUUUUGCGGUUAGGAAUCUUUUCCUCAGGUUGAUCUGAAAUCUGCUUCCCGGCAAUUUCCGCCCACUGGGUCUCCUCCCGGCUUCUGGAUCAACAGAGAGCAGGUCUGCUCCACCUUUUGCACGACCCAGGUCUCUAGGUAGUUGAAGGCAAGCCUACCCUCAUCUCCUCUUCCCCUACCCCAGGCAAAUAUUUCAGCGUUUCCUCCCUUGUUGUUGUUUAGUCGUUUAGUCGUGUCCGACUCUUCGUGACCCCAUGGACCAGAGCACGCCAGGCACUUCUGUCUUCCUCCCUUAGGAUGGGGUUUUCCAGUUGCCUCUGCUACGGUUUGCCAUUUUAAAAUUCUGCCCUGCUGGAGAGUUCUGUUUAAACUGAAGGUUUGGCUCUUCCGGUGUUAAGAGAUAUUGACCUAUGAGAGAUAUUGGCCUUUCAUUUUAAUUUUUUAUUUUAUGGGCUGUGCACACAUUAGAUUAGCUGUUGCUUGAAGAUAAUCCUGGGGGUGCAAAUUUAGAGCACUGGGGUUCCCUUCUUGAGGAUUUCCAGUUUUGAAUCAAAAAGCAAGGCUGAGGUCAGGGCACCACUUUACACCAUUUUGUGGCUCCUCUGGUGAAUGGUUUUACUCUGUUGUGUGGGCAUAAGCUGAGGGCAGAAGAGCAGCCCUCACAGCAAAUCACACUUGGGAACAUUUGAGGUUAAUGCUUCUCUUCUGAUUUGAAUCUGGACCUCAUUUGCUUACUAAUGGGGGGGAAAUGUUUCCCUGCGAAAGACCUUUAGAAAUGGAAAUCUGGUUGCUUGGGCAACUGAGGUCCUUGUUCUCCACAGCUAAGUGGGUCCACUUUCCUGUGGGGUUCGCCCCCUGGUGAAUUUUUUGCAUUCUCCUUGAAUGAUCCUUAGGAAUAACCACCUCCAUGUUGCCUCCAAGGAUGGGGCUUUUUUAAAAACCACAUCCGCUGCUCCUAGAGGUCUUAAGACAAAAGAUUUAGAGUUGCCACACAAUUAUGAUUGGCGAUGUUUUUGACACUCUUCAUUUUACUUGUAAGGUUCAAUAUUUAUGUAUUUAUUUCAUAAAAAUUAUAUACUGCUUGAUUGUAAAAAUAACCCCAAAAAACUCGAAGUGGUUUACAAAAAACUGCCCAUAAAAUUAUCAAUAAGAAAAAUUUAACAAAUACAACACAAAACCUCCAAAAAGCUAAAAUAGCAAGAGGCCAAAAACAGAUUUAAACUAAACUUUUGUUUAGGCUUGUCUAAACAAAAACGUUCUUAGCUGGCGCUGAAAUGAGUACAGUUUCCUAUUGGAGAGGGAGCCAUACCAUCUGUUUUAGAAUCAGAGAAUUGUAGAACUGGAAAGGGGUCUGAGGGUCAUCUAGUCCAACCCCCUGCAAUGCAAGAAUCGCAGCUAAAGAAUCUCUGACAGACUGGUCAUCCAACCUCUGUUUGAAAACCUCCAAUGAGGGAGAGUCCACCACCUCCCGAGGGAGUCUGUUCCACUGUUGAAAAGCUCCUGCCACCAUAACAUUCUUCCUCAUGUUUAGUCAAAAUUUCGUUUCUUCUAAUUUGAAUCCAUUGGUUUGAGUUCUUCCCUCUGAAGUAGCAGAACGCAAACUCACUUCUUCUUCCAUGGGACAGCAGAUAUCUGAUGGCGGCUAUCAUAUCACCUGUCUUGCAUGAAGCAAGUCCCCAGGUUGAAUUCAGGCACUGCCAAUUGACAUAGGGUUGCCAUAUGUCCAGAAUUUCCCGGACAUAGCCGCAAACAGUGUCCAGGCAGAAAUCACUGAAAUCUCCAGGAAAAUAGCUCAAAAACUUCUUUUGCAAGAAAAACUUUGGCAAAAAAAAAGAAAAAAAGCUUUGCCCCCCUCAAAAGCUGUGUCUGGAUUUUCACUUUCUGAAACAUGACAACCUUAAAUUAAAGGGGUUGGAUAGCCAGUGAUGGGAAAUACCUUUUUGUACCUAGGAGAAAAUUUUGGACGAGAUGGGCCCAUAGCCUGGCUCUGUAUAAAGCAGUGUGAUAGAUAGUGUGGCAUUGUUUUGGCAUUGUCCAUAAAAACAAAGAGGAGAGAUUUGUUCUUAAAAUCUGCAUAUACUGCAUAUACUGAUGUACAUAGGCAAACUUAAACAGGACUAUAAUAAAUCUCAGGAGGGGAAGAAGUCUGGGGCCUGCCUGGCUGCUCAGUUUGCCAUCCAGGUGCUGCCACCUCUAUAUGGGCAAUGCCAGGGCUACCGCUCUCCACUUCUUGCGGUUCUUGGCCUUUAUUUUAAACCACUCUUGGACUGGGCGGGCCUUCAAAGAUGGGGCCGCCCCUGUAAAGUAGGUCAGCACUUCACUCUGUUUGCACGUUCAGCAAUAAUAAAACAAUUAAAAGACUGGCACAGUAGUAAAGGCAACAUUUAAAUGGAUCAAUACGUUCUUUAUUAGUAUUUUACCGCAGUAUUAUCAUAGGAGAAAAGUGGGGAGGGUUUGUUGGAAGAUUCAGGAAGGAUAAAAGAAAGCCCUUCCUCAUGCGAUACAAAGUUAAACUGUGGAACUCUCUUCCACAGGAGGCAUCGAUGGCCAACAACUUGGUUGGCUUUAAAAGAGAAUUGGACAAAUUUGUGGAGGAGGGAGCUGUCAGCGGCUGCUGGCCACAAUGGCUAUGCUCUGCCUCCACGAUCAGAGGCAGCAAUGCUUCUGAAGACCAGUUGCUGUUUGAAUCUUGUAAACUGCCUUGUGUAUAGCAAUGUAGAAAGUCGGCAUAGCACAAACUAAAAGUGAAGUGAAACCUGUGCCCUGUGACCUAAGGAGGUUAGGAUCUAAGCCAGGGGUUGCUAGCUUUUCAGGUAUGUUGGCAGCAUUGUAUUUUGGGUGUGGGUGCCCCCUCCUGUCACUUCUCUCCCCUAGAUUAACCUCUCCCUGAAAAACAGAAGGAUAGGAAAUGGACACACACACACACACACACUUGUCACUUUUCCAUGGGAUUUGGCCAGUAGCAUCCAGUAGCAUUGUCCAUGGAGUUUUCUUGGCAUGGAUACUGGAGUGGCUUGUCGGUUCCUGCUCCAGGUGGAUCAUAUUUGGUCAAAACUCUCCACUGUGACCUGUCCAUCUUGGGUGGCCCCGCACGGCAAAGCUCAUAGCUUCUCUGAGUUAUUCAAGCCCCUUUGCCACAGCAAGGCAGUGAUCCAUGAAGGGGUCCAUUGACGGCACAAGGAGAAGGGGACGACAGAGGAUGAGAUGGUUGGACAGUGUUCUCGAAGCUACCGGCAUGAGUUUGACCAAACUGCGGGAGGCAGUGGAAGACAGGAGUGCCUGGCGUGCUCUGGUCCAUGGGGUCACGAAGAGUCGGACACGACUAAACAACUAAACAACAACAACAACAACAUCUAGUAGCAUUCAUCUGAGCCAUGAAAAGCCCAUAGAGCUGAAAGAGGAAGUGGGAAAGAGAGUCACUCUUCCCCACUUCCUCCUUCAGCUCUGGAUGCUUUUUAAAGGAAGGAAAAAGUAGCCCUUUCCACCAUCUCAUGACUCAGAGGCUUCAUGGAUGCUGGACUGGACUUCAAGGGUACCACUGCACCCACAGGCGCCAUGUUGAGACACAACUGAAAGAGGACGGGCAGGAGAUAAAGCAGGGUAAUAAGGGGCUGUGAUUCCUGUUGCGCAUCAGUGGCCUGUUCUCAGUUAAUGCAGCUCUUGCCGCUGCGGGUUUGAAUGGUGUGACCCUGGUGAUGCAAAAAGCCUCUUGGUUUCCUGCUCCUUUUUACUCUGGUAACAAUGCAAAUAGCCUCCAAAAACUGAGGAGUCGUAGCUCAUUGGUAGAGCAUUUGCUUUGCACGCAGAAGGUUGCUAGGUUCAAGCCCCAGCAUCUCCAGGUACGGUUGGAGGGGAGUCCUGCCUAACACCCUGGAGAGCUGCUGCCGGUCAGUGCAGACAGUAUUGAGCUAGAUGGACCAAUGGUCUGACUCAGCAUAAGGGCGCUUCCUAUGUUCUCCUGUAUGCUAUGCCUCCAGCCAAACCCAGACAGUUUUCUCAAGGUGUGCUUUCUUUGGGGGAGGGGGGCGUUGAGCCCUUGCAGUCUACCUGCUUUAUGACCCUCACAUUAGCCUCCUCUUGUGAGGAGGGGGGGUUAACAGGGCAAAGAUUUUAGUUGCAGGGCACAGAUCCCAAACGGCACACUCCAGCCGUCAUAAACAAGCAGGGUGAUGAACAUGGCGGUGGCAUUAUGCGUUGGUGUCGCAAGGGAGUAGGUGAAGAAUGCUUCAGCGAUCUGGGGCAAGGAGUGGUGAAUGCUGGAGUCUUCCUCCUCUGCCGUCCGUUAUCUGCAAGGCCUGGCUUCCAUUAAUCCUGCCAGUGUUUUGAUUUGAGAUUUUUCAGGCAUGAUGCAUCAGCGUUCAACGGCAAUUGCAGUGUCAGGGAGUAACUCUCUCUUACACAUGGAUCCGUUGUGUGUGAAGCAAUGGAGGGGCAGAGUUUCUGCCUGGCUGCUUAUCUUUCCGUUCUAAGCCAGCCUUGCAAAUUCUUGCCUUGUCACCUGUAGCGUUAGAAUCCUGCAAAGGAGGAAACAAGCUGGAAGAGAGCUAGUUUUAUUCCCUCCUUUUCUGGCCGGUGGUGUGCCACAAAUAACUAGCAUAGUUGCAUCUGGCCUCCUGGACUUGUGGGGCACCUCCCUUGCAAUCUAGAUUACGCCUACGUUAUCCAGGGUAUAAACAGGAAACAGUUGCUUGAUUCUAUCGAGCAGUGUUUUAACCUGGCACAACAACCCUGUGAGGUAGGCUAGGUUGGGAAAUUAUGACCACCCAGGACCAAUCAAGUCAUUUCUCGAACCUUGAUUUCCUGCAUCCAAGCACAAUACAGACGCAGCUAGCAUAUCAAGCUGCCACAAGUCAGGAGUGUAGGUAGCUCAAGGCAGUGAACCAAGCCCCACAAACAAUGAGUAAAAGCAGCCUAUGAGCCUGGAAACUAAAAAAAACACACCCUGAUGAUAAUUUUAUUUUAUUUAUCCACCCUUCCAGGGUGAGUCACAACAAUUUAUAAGAGCUGUUCAGCAGUGGAAUUGGACUCUUUUGAAAUGUGUCCUUCAGUGAAGGUUUUUAACCAGGUGUUGGAUGGCCUUCUGUCAGAUAUUCUUUAGCCGUGAGUCCUGCAUUGCAGGGGGUUGGACUAGAUGACCCUCAGGGUCCCUUCCGACUCUACAAUUCUGUGAUUCUAAGGCUUUCUCCUUCCUUAUCUCUGAAUUCCACUCACCAUCCUCUUUCAAUAUUUUUGUUCUUUCUUUUGACAUUCCUUGAGCCUAGGCUUCAAGAGUUAUUUACAUUCCGGCAGAAGUGAGAGUUUUAUUAUGUACUUUUCCUCCUCUUGCCUGGCACAUUUCUCUUCCCCCUCCCUCUGCCCCCCUUUUUUGUAUUGUAACACAGAUUUCUUGACCAUCCCUACCUCUUGCAGGAGAUGGGUGGGCUUGUUUGGUCAGACCUGCUGUUGGUUUCUUAAUUCUUUCCUUGUUGCGUUGAAUUUGUCUGGAAGGCUAAUGAAAGCUCAGGGACCAUUGCGUCUGAUCGUUGGUGAUCAACGUGUCCCAUUAGAAGAAUAGAAUUAUAGAUCUGGAAGGGACUCCAUUAGAUUUUCUCAAGCCCAGGCAGUGUGCGGCUCCGAUGAUUUGGGAUUUACAGUCCCUCUGAUAUACCAUAAACACACACACACACCAAGGGUAAUUCUUUCCCCCUGUGGCAAAUAUCUCAAUUACUCUCCAGGAUCAGAGGCAAUAUUUCUCCCAAGUUUCAGUUGCUGAGUUCCAGAAGCUUGCAGGCUCCUGAGAGGCACCUGGCUGGCCACUUUCUAAAAAGGGUGCCGGGCUGUGAUGGAGCUGGGCUUUGCUUAUCAUUUUAUGCCCCACUCCUGCCUUUGGGGCAUGCCUAGUUGUCAUUAUUAGGGCGAGCGCCAACCGUUUGAAACCAGUUCUGCUGUUGUGGUUUCCUUCCAAGACCCUCAAGGAUGAUACUCUUGCCGUGGUUCUCUUUUUACUGGAGGUCCUUAACCCAGCAGUUCCCAGCCACCGGUCUCAGAAAGAGUUGCCAAUGAGUUAAAGUCACGAGAAGCUGCUGGAUGCCCACCUUCAGGGGGGAGUCUGCCUGCUGCAUCUCCAUGUGAGUUGCUGAUCUCCCAAUCAGCCUUCGCUGGAUGGAUAAUUCUGUGUCUUUGUGCACCGGGAAUAUGUGGGUCAUUCAGUGACUCCUGAUUUGGCCUCCUCUGCCGUCACAGAAGACAGGGAGCAGGUGAAAGUUUGUGGCUGAGUGGUAGGACACAUGCUUUGUGUGCAGAAGGUUCCAGGUUCAAUCGCCAGCAGCAUCUCCAGGUAGGGAUGGGACAGACUCCUGCCUGAAGCCUUGGAAAGCUGUUGCCACUCAGAGUACUGAGCUAGAUUGACCCAAUGGCUUGACUUGCUGUGAAGUGGCUUCAGAUGACCCUAUGACUACUUAUCAGGUCUCUGUAUGAGUCACCACCCUGAGGAGUGUCCCUGUCCAAUCAGGAGGCAAGUCCAGGUUAGCAGCUUGGGUAGACACACAAUAAGUGUGACUUUCCCUUCUCUCCCAGGACUGGCAAUUCUUACUCUAAAAUGCAAAUCUUGAAGGGUGUCUCUUAAAUUUUCAUACAGAGACUAAAAUAGCAUUUCAGUGAUGAGAUAUUUUGAGGACAACUCUGGCCUGAAAGCAGCCGAAUGUCUCAAAGCGAUUUUGAAAAGCCUGGAAGUAGCAGGAAAGGCAUGGAAGGAAGUCUUGUUGGUUGGUUGGUUGGUUGGAUGGAGAAUUAAAAUAGCCCGUUAUCGUGUAUGGCUUUUGCUACAAAGGAAUGAUAGAAAUGUAAAGCGACUGACCAAGAAUCAUGAGUUCAGCUUGGAACAAUCUUAAAACUGUGUUCGCUUCUUGGCUGUUUUUGUUGUUGUUAAACUCCUGAUUGGAUUUUCUUUGCCUCAGCAUGAGCUUAACAGGCCCUUGCAAAUUUGUUAGGUCGGUGGACAAUCAUUACUUUAUCUAUUUUAAUAUGUUGCCAUCCUGCCCUUUCUGUAAGGACAGUGUGAUUCCAUCCCUUUCCUCUGUGAUCCGGUCAGCAACCCUGUGAGGAGUCCUCUAACAAGCUUUGUGGCCAGGGAUUUGAACCCAGGACUCCCUGGUCCUAGUUCAAUACUCUAUGCUGCACUGGCUCCACAUUUUAGAGGUUUUGCCCUCACAUUUUAGAAGCCUAGUUCUUUUCACAUGGGGUCCGUACCUGAUGCACACUUCUUGGGAAAUAAGCCCCCAUGAAACCCCAGAUGUUUGGGGACUGGCAAUUGUACACUUGUAGGAAAAUGCACUUUUUAGGUGUUCAGAGGCACACCUGCCUGUUCACACUCAUUCAGGACAGGCCCCCUCCCUAGUAAGAUCUCUGACUCGAUUUGCUUUGUGGGUGAUUUAAAUCCACUUAAAUCAUCCUAUGUAAAGCCCCACCCCACCCCAUCCAAGUUUAAGUGCAUGUGGGAAAAUGGAUCCGUGUACAAUCGAAAUGACUCCAGAAGUUUGUGAGUGUUUUACUAAUUUAAUAACACAAUAGCUAUUUUUGAGAUGGUUUAAGUUGAUAAAGAAGUGUUAGCCAAUCCAGUAUUGUUGUUCGGUUUUAGAUUUCCAUACAAAGAACAAAACAAUAAAUAAAUGCAAAGCUUAAAAAGCGCAUAACAUCAGCGGGCACCUCUAGACUGUAUUUUGCAGGAGGGAUUCAGCCGCUUCCCAGAUCUUUGCGAUUCCACAUUUAAAGUGUCCUAAGCCUGUGUACACACCACUAAUUCAAAGCAUGUUUGAAGCGCACAAUUUCCCCACAAAGAAUGAUAGGAACCAUAGUUCGUUACGGGUGCUGGAAUAGUCACUCUAUGAUGGGUGUGCAGUACAGGGCAAACAAAAAAAACUCUUGUACCCCCGCUUAGAAAACACAAGACAAGCGGAAAACCUCUCAGACCUGUGCAUUUUAGGCACGGCACAAGCAAGGUGUGGACGAGCUCUCAUGGCUUGCUUUUCCUUCCCCAAGCAAGGUUCCCCCUCCCCCAUUGCAGAGAGAGAUCCAGAGGGAUAUACUGGCUCUCCCUUCCUCUCUGCCUGCCAUUCCCUUCUCCAGGUGCCCAGCCUGGCAGCAUGGCUCCGCUUUGUUAUGUACACUUGCUGAGGUUCCCAUGGAAGCGCUUCCUCCAAAAGUGGUCAGAGUUGACUCCCUUUCCCCUCUCCUCAGUGCUGAGAUCACCCCUGCCUUCUGACCUCAUACUUCAUUAUUAAAAGAAAGGAUAACACACAAUUCUGGAAUGCAAAAUGAUUAACUAGGGUUUUUUUUGCUUUCUUAUCAGGCGCCCCUCCUCUCUUCCAGAACACCUUUUCUCUACAGAGCUGGUGCCGGGAGUCAGCAUGAUGGGGCCCCUGCCCACGGGCCACCCUCCAGCAGGGCACCCACUGAGGAGAGCCCUCCUGGACCUGCUUCCCCUCUCUGGCACUGCAAUCUGCUUGCUCAUGGGCUCUCUGCCUCGCUGUGUACAUCCCAAUCAUCUGAAGCAAAGCAUCCUGGGAACUGUAGUUUGUCCCUCACAGAUAAACCUUCACACCAUACAUUUAAGGUGUCACUUUGAACAGUCGUGGCUUUCCCCCAAAGAAUCUUGGGUGAUAUAGCUUGUUAAGGGUGCCAAGAGUCCCCUAGGAGACCCAUAUUCCCCUUACAGAGUUAUUGCUAAACCAUUCGUCUUCAUGAAUUUGUCUAGUCCUCUCUUAAAGCCAUCCAAGUUGGUGGUCAUCACUGUCUCCUGUGGGAGGGAGUUCCACAGUUUAACUAAAGAAGCCCUAUUCUGAUCUCCUGGGAGCAACAUGCCAAGCUUGCCUUAACUUGGAGCCCCCAAUGUGCUCCCAGUUGGACCCCUCUCAACACACACACGCACACUCACCAGUGGUUAGAUUAUUUGACUAGGACCUGGGAGACGAGGGUUCAAACCCGCACUCGGUCAUGAAGCUCACUGGGUGGUGACCAUGGGCCAAUCAUUGCCUCUCAGCCUAACCUACCUUCCAGGGUUGUUCUUGUUGUUGUGAGGAUUAAAUGAGAUGGGGAGAAUCAUGGACGUCACUCUGAGCUGGUCGGAGAAAGAGGUGGGAUAGAAAUACGACAAAAUAAUAAGAAGAAGAAGAAGAAGAAGAAGAAUAAUGGCAAGCUCACCUCUCCUUUCUUAAUUCUCAGAACCAGGGCCAGGAUUGUGGAGGAAGUGGAGAAACGAAGACGUGGAUUUUGAGAAGAGGGACUUGGAGGGGAAGUGGACUAUCAGGAGGGCAGUGGCUGAAGCAGGCCGAAGGAGGCCAACGGUGGGGCAGCCAAGAGCCGCUUUCUGCCCGUCUUCCUUCCUCCUUUAAGUUUCCUUACAGCCAAGAGAACCUGAAAUAAUAGUACCAAGAGGUUCUCUCCUCGAGAAGAUGUCUUCCCUGCUGGCUGCCAUGGUCCUCCUCCUCCAUAUCUGAACCGUGGGGCUCCCUGACCUUCUGGAGGAUUUAGUGCUGAUGGUGCAGGAGAUAAAGGGAUAGAAAAGGGCAGUUCCCACCAGCUGACUGUGGAAACAGGAAAGAAGCUGAGAUCAUCCUGCUUCCUUUUCUACCCUGAGCCAUCCCACGGGCAGCUGCCCACAACUUAUCCUUGUUCUCUGUGGAAGGCACUGGCGAGGAGAGCAGUACAGCAGGUGAGCAGAGAUGAAUUAUUUGGGCCCUAGAACAGGCUUCCUCCUGAAGCUGGGGGGUGGGGUGGGGUGGAGUUGGGUGGUUCAGGUCUCCUGGAAGAUGCAACUAUUGUAUCCAUCCAUGGCCACACCCACACUACAUUUAAAGUGGUCUCAUACCUCUUUAAAACAAGUCAUGGCUCCCCCACUAGCAAUUUCUGGGAGCUGUAGUUCGUUAAGUGUGCUGGGAAUUGUAGCUCUAGGCAUGUUCAUGCCCUACAUUUAAAGCAGUAUCAUAGCCCUUUGAAUAGUCAUGGCAUCCCCCAAAGAACUCUGGGAGCUGUAGUAUGUUAAGGUUGCUGAGAGUUGUGUGGAGACCCCUACUCCUCUCAAAGAGCUACAAUUUCCAGAGUUCCCUGGGAAAGAGGGGUUGAUUAUUAAACCACUCUAGGAAUUGUAGCUCUGGGAAGGGAAUGGAGGGAAGCCAUGAUGGUUUAAAGUGGUAUCAUAGCACUUUAAAUGUAUGGUUUAUAUGUGGUGCUUCAUUCAGAAAGGCUAACACUCUGCCCCAAGGAGUCUACACUUUUAAUUUUUUUGACUGUGGCGAAAAAAGGAGGGGGGGGGAGAGAAGAGGCAAGGGCAACGUUCCAUGGAGACAGGGGAGGUGUCAGUAUCGUAAGGGGGUGAGCAGUUGCCCAAGUGUUUAGACCAGCCCUUUCAAACGUGUUGCCUUCCAGCUGUUUUGGAUUACAACUCCCAUCACCCCCAGUCAGCAGGGCACCACGCUGGGGAAGGCUGGUUUAGAUAUAUGCAGUUAUAGUUUCAUUUUUAACCUUUCUUGCAAGCCUGAGUUCAUUCUGCGCUUUGGCCCACCUGACCUUUCCCCCUGCAACUGUUGGCUACUCAAGUAUGCUACUAUCUUUAAUCAUUUUUGCGUUAUCAUUUGGUGAUUGUUGUGAGUUAAUUAAAACUGUUUGGGUUGGGUAUCCUGCCUUGUGAGGUCUUUGCCCUAAAAUGCAGCCCUAGGAAUUCCAGUCGUUAUAAAUAAAUGUAUAAAGCAAUGUACAGUCUAUGCAAUGUCAUGGGCUUGUUUUCCUUGUUGGGGAAUUUGCAACUUUUGGGGUGACCCAACAGGUUCUGCCUUGGGCACUACCUUCACCCUUGCCAUUCCGACAGGUGCACUCUUGCUAGGCCCUUGUUGCAGACACAGUUUCUCCAAAACUAUGAUCACAUCUGACCCCAGCUGGGUUAGAAAGCCAUUUAAGUGCAAGAUCAAAGCCAAAGGAAUGUUUGAGCAGGGCUUUAUGACGGGCAUCUCUUUGCUGUACAGAUUUGGUACUAUGGCUGGGUUAACAAAAGAUGUUUUAUUUCUAACAACUCACCUGACCGCACCCCCCAAUCCCAAAUCUUCCCAAGUGGAGAAAUGCUUAGAUGAAGGCUAAAAUCAUGAAGCCACGUUCCUUGUCUGGCAUCCUAAAGUUUAGUUACUAAAAUAUUUUGGUCCCAGUUGAAAGCAGUACAUUGUUUCACUCUGUUUUUACACUUCCUCUGCCUAAAUACUAAGCUAAGCAUUCAGGCAAUUAGUACUAUAAUCAGGUUACCUGAGUUCUUUUAAAAACUUAAAAGCAGCCACAGAGAGUCUCCAAUUUGGACUGGGGCAUUAGCAGUGGGGGAAGAAGUCUCUGUGACACUUCCCUGGUCUAAAUACCUUCCAAAACUCUUAAUUCACAUGUAACUCAGACCUUUAUCUCCAGGAUCCAGUCUGUUUUGGACUACAUCUCCCAUCAGCCCCUGCCAGCAGUACCAGAAAUAAAGUUGUUCAUUAAAAUAUAUACACUCAUGAGCCAUUAAUGCACCAUGCUCAGGCUAGAGAUUUGGCGAGCCUCCAGAAUUCCUUGUGCAAAACAGAAAAUUAAUUUGCAGAAUUUUAAGAACAUAGGAUGCUGCCUUUUACUGAGUCAAGACCAUUGGCCUUUCUUACUCAGUAUUGCCUACACUGACUGGCAGCAGCUGUCCAAGGUCUGAGGCAGGAGUCUCUUCUAGCCCUACCUGAAGAUGCUGUGGAUUGAAGUUGGGGCCUUCUCCAGGCAGGGCAGGUGUUCUACCACUGAGCUACGGCCCGUAUGCAAUAGGAUGUAAAUUAUACAAAGUUGCUUAUUUUGCAAAACUGAAAUUCCAGCUUUUCUUCGCAUAUUAUUUCAUUUUAAAGCACAGUCAAAUAGAGAUGAGUUACAGGUAUAAAUAUUUUUACAACUUCAAAUAAAUGGUCUACCCAUGGGAAUUUUAGACCCUUGGAGCUACGGAGAGAGGGUCAUGUCAUGAAAUUCUACUCAGUAUUGAUCCAGAGCAGAUUCCAGUGUAUAGUUAGCAGAGUAACAACUUAAACAUGUUGCAGGGUUCCCAAAAAUAGACCAAAGACAAUGAAUAUUUUGUCCAGCAGAGCUUUACUGCUACUGAAUGCAAAUGAGCGUAAUGGUCACAAAUCCAAUACAUUCAGGAUUGGCACUGCCCAUUAGAAAUCCAAUUGCAGCAGACUUAACUAACUUACAAUAACUUACAAUAAGUCUAAACCUUAACACUAAGCAUACUACGUGCAGAGCACCACAUCAGAAGGAAGAGAGGUAGAAAGAGAAACCCGGGCUCCUUCUGCCCUUACUAUUAUAGUCAGCAUGACCUUGACAGAAGAGAUAAGAGAACCAGUUUAAACCAGCUGUACUCAGCUUCUCUGAAGGAAUAACCCAAACAUCAUGAACCUUCUGCUUGUUUCUUUCUCACAGAGAAGCUCCCAGAACCCUCUUGAAUUAAUUAGAAUAGGAAAGAUCUCUACACAUCAGAUCAAUACUUUCUGCACUAAGAAAUGCAAACUGACAGGUUAUAGGCUCUGACAGUGGAUCCAAACUCACUCCAUUGCUAUUUCCUAUCCCCCCUCAGAGCUAUAGUUCCCACUCUGGGAAUUGUUAAACCACUCUGGGAAUUGUAGCUCUGUUCCCUUACCAAACUACAGCUCCCGGGGGAAACCAUGACUGCUUAAAAGAGGUAUCGUGUGUGGUGUGAAUGUGGCCCAUUUCUGGGCCGCUCUCCCCACCUGCUAUGUCAUCCCCUCUGAGGUAUCUGCAGGUGCCAUCUAAAUUGGUGUUUCUUUUUGCUGUCUUACCCGUCUCCCCUUUUAAUGCCCCCCAUUAACGUUGCACAAACAAUGCAGAGGCUCUAUGCUGUUCCCCUUGUCUGCCCAUCCAGACGCUCAGGCGUCGGCCGCUGGAGACAGAGCCCACUUUUGCCAAAAUUCUUCAAAGUUUAAUCAGUAACUAAGGCGGCAAUGGAGGGAGUGCACUUAAAAGGGGGGGGGGAGCCUCCCCUUCCUCCUUUUUGCUCUCCCAUUUGCCUGCCAAAGUAAACAAAAGAAAGUACAAGGGCAUAUUUAUUUGUUUAGUUGCAUUUAUAUCCCUCCUUCCCCCAAGGAAAUCGAGGUGGAGUACAUGAUUCUCCCCCUCCCCACAACAACAACAACCCUGUGGGGUAGAUUAGGCAAAGAGGCAGUGGCUGGUGGCCCCCAAGCUCAAACAGUCAGCUUCAUGGCCCAGUGGGGAUUUGAACCCUAGUCUCCCACUGGUCUUUAAUAUCUUGGAAGAAAGCGUAGCAACUCUAGGGCUGGCUGGUAGUUGUGAGGUAGGCCUGAAUGGCCAAUGCCAGGCCGGUGGUGUGUGAGAAACCAGAUCCCUUUGGGUUGUUGCCUCAGGAAUUAAAAUUAUUCCAGGCCAGCUGUAGGAAUGAUAGUGUUGCAAAGGUAUCUUGGAAAAAUAUCCAUUUAUAAUGGGGGUCCGGGGCCUAUAGGCGGCAUUUGGCCUAGGCACAUCCACACCAGACAUUUAAAGCACUAUGGUGCCCCUCUGGCUUCCCCCAAAGAAAUGUUGGGUGCUGCAGUUUGUUGAGUGCUGUUAGGAAUCCCUUAGUCCCUUAAGAAAGCUACAUUUCCCAGAGUGGCUUAACAAGCAUAUCUGUCUUCCCAGGUAACUGGGAAUUGUAGCUCUGUGAGGGGGAAUAGGGGCUUUUUAAGAACUCUCGGCACCUUUCCCAAACAGCUGCUCCAAAGGCGCCAACUCCUAGGGGCUGAGGCAUUUUCACACCCCGCACCCCAAAAUGUAUUUUGGGAGAUGCCUGCAGGUCCACAUUUGGCCCCUGGGCCUGAGGCCCCCCCAACCCUGGUGUAGAUUUGAUGGUUGGGGUUCUGGGUUCCUCUAGAAAUUGCGUUCCCGCUUUGCCAACACUAUAUAGGCCUCAGGCAGGCCUGCAAAUAGGUGUGUACGGCCCUGUCCAGACAAGGGAGUGAGAUUGGGUUUGUGCCCAUUGGCCCUGUCUUUCCACGAUGGCUGGGUUUCCUGAACUGUGCCGCUGCCUACAUAGGUAUGAGCCUGUUGAUGUGAGUAGGGUCAGCGGGCAUGAUCCUGGCACCCCCCCACCUGCAUAUAUUGAUUCUGCCUGAAUAAGGGGCUUGUGAGAGAGUCAUCAGGCAGGGCAUCUUUACAGAGUUGGAUCUUUCCAUUUAGUAUUUCAGGACCCAAGUGAAAUAAAUGAGUAACACAUACACACUCCUUGAUGGUAAAAAAUAAAACAACAACCCUCAAAGCAGUUUACGAAAGACUAAAACGAUAAAAUUAUUGGUGCUAAAAACAGCUAAAAACAACUCUUUAAAACCUUAAGAAAGCACCAUGACAAUACAGUGAAGACGCCUGCCUGAUGUCAAAUGGCAGGGAGUUCCAAAGUGUGAGUGCCGCCACACUGAAAAGAAAGCCCAAUUUCUCACCAAUGCAGAACAGGUAUUAUGUAGCGCCUGUAACAGUGCCAGUUCCAUAGAUAGAAGUGGUUGAGUGGAUUUUGCAGGUAAACUGAUACAAGAGUAUGUACAAGGGUAAUAAAAAUAUGUGAUGGUUUUUGCAAGCUGGGCUAUGCUCUUUUUUUAACAUCAGCACCCUCUUUCUCCAGCCCCCCUUUUCAUUCCGCAAAGCCUUUCUGCCUUUUGGAUCCACGAGCUCCUUGGGGAAUGAGCAGUUCUGCCUCCGAGCUGGUCCUGAGCCCCUGUGA